AUGGUGUUGGAUGUGGUGGAGGAGAAUGUUCGCGAUGUCUAUGGUGACGGUGUUUGUGAUUGUGUUUGUGUUUGUGUUUUUGAUUUUGCUCUUGAUUGUGGUGGUGUUGGUGGUAGUGGUGAUAAUGGAUGUGGAGACUAUCUUGUUGGGGUGGUGGAGGCGGUGACCGAGGCGACAAAUGUGAAUGGUGAGCACCUUUCGCAAAGUGCUGGCGAUGGUUGGAAUGAUGAUGGUUAUGUGGGUGUGGUGGUGUCAAAGGAUGAUAGGUAUCGUGAGCACCGCCGUGGUGGUGAGGGUGAUACUGGUGCUGGUGCUGGUGUUGGUGUUGGUGUUGGUGCUUAUGGCGGCGAUGGUGCAAUGGUGGAGGAGCGUGAGGACCAUGACGACGAUGGCGAGAAUGAGGAUGCGGUGGGGGUGCUGGGGGAGUGGAAUAGUCAUUGA